AUUGUGUUAUUUCAUCACUGGGGUCACUCAUAUGCAAUAAUACCAUUUCAUAAAACUAUUGUUGCUCAGAAGUUGUGUUUCCAUGUUUGUUUUUAGUAUAUCCACUCAAAGGCAGAGCACUAUGGAAUAAUGUUCAUUACACGUUCAUGUAUGUAUGUCCACGUGACCUUUUGUCGCAUGCAUGUGUACUGUAUGUGUGCGUCUGCUUCAGUAGAGUUUGGAUUGUAGAUGUGUCUCUGGUGUUUGAAAGGGAUUAUUGAGUUUAAAGCAGACAAUAAGUGGCCCAUUUAGUCUGUCUGGGGUGUUUGGCUGGGCUAGAUACUUAUCACAGAGGGAGGGAUGGAACAGGAGAAGAGAGAGGGAGAGAGGGAGUAUGGGAUAAAAGGUUUUUAGCCAUCACAUUCAUCAUUGUAGAGCACCCAACCAUUGUACUUCACUUUUCUCCAGGAUGCUGCUCUGUGACCUCUAAUGGCUCAGAGAUGUUUACAGAGGAGUUUCAUCAUCAGAAGUAGAUGAGAGGAUAAUUACUUUAAAAUAACAUUCCUUUGUUUCCUUCUACCCGCAGUGAUUUAGAAAUGUGAGAUUAGAAACUGCUAAAAAAAAAUAUAUGAACAGAUGGGAAAAUAUCAUAAAAAUAUGUCAUAGCAUUAUAAAGGUUUCUCAAUUUGUUGAUCAUCAUGCAUCUUUUUAUUUUAUGGACGUGUGUGUGGGGGGGGCUAACACAAUCUUGUGCGACUGAGAGAUUACCAAGUAACCUUUAUUUCCUAUUACCUUGAUUUAUUUCCAUUGUAUCAACCACAAUGACAAUCCACUAUACUUACAUUUCAGUUGUGCACAUUUCUUAUUCUCUGGGUAUCUAUAUUUUUUCUAGAGCUCUCAAACAAAUCAGUUUGAUUUUGCUGAAGAAGCACAUGUCUGGUUCUGCAACAAUGCUUUUGUUCACGUGGCUAUCUGGCUGGUGGACAGAGAACAAGUUGAUCAGUGAGAAAGCAUCUAAAGAAUGAAAGGAAGAAAGAAUGACAUUGCCUAUCCUGCUUUCCAGCAGCAACAGGAAAUUGAACGUGAUGUAGAGAACCGCUGUUUGUGUCUCAUUUCAGAUUGUAUGGUUAGAUCAGGUGUGUCUUUGCAAUCCUUUUUAAUCUAGAUAUUAGAUUAGACCUUAUAUAUGUGAUUAUUUCGCCGGGACCUAUUCUGUGAUUGAAUAUGGGCUGUGCUAUUAUGUAACUACUUAAAGAGAUUAAACUUUCACCAAUAGCCAACUUUAGCAUAUCUCAUUGUUGUGCUGUUGGAGUUGUGAUGUCAUGUGUUUGUUACAAGGUUAUUCAGUGUGAGCUCACCAAAUGCCUGAAUAUUUUAUUGUGUGACUGCUGAGUAGAUUUAUGCUGUAUGCCUGUUCUUGGACAUAGCGUGCAUGUUAUACGGUGGUUGUUAUGGGAUGGUAUGCCACUAAGGAGACUUUCUCGUAAACACGAACAGAGAUGACAUUUCUGAAAAUGACAGCAUUGUCAGUACAGUUCAAAUUUCAGAGUUUGCAUUAUACAAUCAGUGAAGAAUAUUUUAAUUUCUAUAAUCUUUCAACACCCUCACCACAUACACACACAUAUAACUUACUAUAGGGUAACUGAAUGUCAAUCAAAGCCAGUAGUCAGUCAGUAGUUUUUGGAGGGAAAACAAUGACUGAUACUGAAUCUGAGGUCACCAUUACCUUCCCCGUCAAUUUACAGAUGAAGAGGCAGAAUCAGUCACAUGGCACAUGUUGCCGCAACUUAUAUAUCUACCACACCUUCUCACCAUGUAUAAUUGUAAAACAAAGUGUUUACCCCCUUGCGCUUUUUUCCCUUCCUCCCAUGACAUAAGUUUCCUAUUUAUUUCCAGAUCUUGAAAGAUUUGUUGAAUGGAGGCCUACAAAAUCCCCCAUCAAGUGAAUUAAGAGCUUUUCUACAACUUACUGUUGUUUUCUCUUAAUACUUAAAUCCAGUUGAAACAAAGGCUUUUAUCCCCCUUCACCCUAAGACCUCAGUGCUUUUAUUCUGAUGAUUCUGAUCCAUUUUCCCAAGAUACAGGAACAGUAGAGGUAAUCGCUGAGGGGAAGGAAGUGCACUGCACUCACUUCAUAUGCUCCUGGAAAAAUGGUUCUUCACAGGUUCUUUACCAAGAUAAGAAGUUCCCACAUUUCCCUUUGCUAUUCAGAAAUUGCGUGUGCCUACGUUUAUACACGGCUGAACAUUUUAUAUGUCUGCCAAUACAAAGAAUGUGUAAAAAAAACACCUAAAAAGAUCACUUUACCGGAGGGUCUUGGAAGAACCACGGCAAAGAAUGACAUAAUCAAUGCCUUACUGACUUUUACAGGCAGUCUCAGAAGAUGUAAAAGGUGUCCGCAGUAAUUCGUAGCAGAUUCUCGUACAUCAGUGCAGAGGUUAUAGCCUACCUUGAUGCUCUUAUGGCCAAGCAGAUACCAACGAGAUAAAAGUAUAUGUUCUAUAAAAUAUAAUUCCAUCUCUCUGAAACCUUUUAUUUCCUCAGCCUAUGAGGAGUAGCCUUCGCUUCCACAAAUAUGGCGCGACCAAAUCUCUGUCUACCCAGUAGCCAAGGCAGUGUCGUUUGAUUCUCCGGUUAACGAGAAUAUAACCAUUUGUAACACGAAAUAGAUAUUUCGGUAGAAAGCCGCGUGGACGCACUGACAGUCGGAAUCCCUUCCAAUAACCGGUCCGGGUCUUGCAAACGGCCAGAGGAGGGCAGUCAGUAGUAUGUGGAUUGGCCAGAGCAGUGUGGUUGUGGAGGAGAUUUCAGUCCGUCUCCGCACAUCUGACAGAACGCGAGGAGCGGCGCGAGGGCUGGAUGUAUCAAGUGGAUGUGUUUCUUAUCUGAAGAAAAAACAACCGUGCAAGAAACACCAGAAAGACCAAUAAACAAACAAGUCCUUUACACAUUUUCGUCUUACCUACCUUUGGUUGAACAUUAACGGUACGCAAAACAAUUUCACGGAAUUUCUCUGAGCUGUUUCCCCCUCUGCCAUAGGGGGGAGCAGUCAUAUGAUAGCUUGAGGGCGGCGGCAUUUCGCACCACCUUACUGUAGCUGACUGCCUGACACAAGUCCUGGGACCUCUUGAACUCUAUAUCGUCUUCUUUACUGUUAUUCUGAGCAAAGCCACCACAGAACUAUACGAGUUUGGGCUGGGACAUCACAGCUCAUUCCCUUUAAUAAGUAGCACAGCAACAGUCUUCAUUAUAAUAUUCUCACUUCAAAAGAGACGGAUUCUCUUCACUGACUACUUUUUAUUCUCCAUAUAAUGGGGAAGAGUCGACGGUCGGUGAGAUUUGGAACCGGACUAAGAGGACUCCCCUUUCGAAUGUCCACAUCACCUGGACUCAUUCUUCUGCUUGUGAUCAACAUUGUAACGGCACAAGUGGACGAUGACUUCCUGGGGCUGGGCGAACUACCAGAGACCUUCCCCUCAGACCCGCCAGAACCCCUGCCCCACUUCCUCAUGGAGCCAGAGGAGGCAUACAUCGUUAAGAACAAGCCGGUGAACCUCUACUGCAAGGCCACCCCUGCCACACAGAUCUACUUCAAGUGCAACAGCGAGUGGGUCCACCAGAAGGACCACACUGUGGAGGAGCGGGUGGACGAGACAUCAGGUCUUGUGGUGCGCGAGGCCAGUAUCGAGAUCUCACGGCAGCAGGUGGAGGAGCUGUUCGGGCCAGAGGAUUUCUGGUGCCAGUGCGUGGCCUGGAGCUCAGCCGGCACCACCAAGAGCCGCAAAGCCCACGUCCGCAUCGCAUAUCUCAGGAAAACAUUUGACCAAGAGCCAUUAGGGAAGGAAGUCUCUCUGGAGCAGGAAGUGCUUUUGCAGUGCCGGCCACCUGAGGGGAUACCUGCAGCGGAGGUUGAGUGGUGGAAGAAUGAGGAGAUCAUUGAUCCGGCAGACGACCGUAACUUCUACAUCACCAUCGACCACAACCUGAUCAUCAAACAGGCUCGACUGUCAGACACAGCCAACUACACCUGCGUGGCCAAGAACAUCGUGGCCAAGAGAAGAAGCACCACAGCCACCGUCAUCGUCUACGUGAACGGAGGAUGGUCGACUUGGACCGAGUGGUCGGUGUGUAACAGCCGCUGUGGGCGGGGCUUCCAGAAGCGUACGCGGAGCUGCACCAAUCCGGCGCCUCUAAACGGCGGCGCCCCAUGUGAUGGAGCGGCCAUACAGAAACUGCCAUGCACCUCCCUUUGCACUGUGGACGGGGAGUGGACGGAGUGGAGCAAGUGGUCGACGUGCGGCACAGAGUGCACCCACUGGCGCCGGCGUGAGUGCAACAACCCGGUGCCCAAGAACGGGGGCAAGGACUGCGAUGGCAUGGUCCUGCUGUCCCAGAACUGCACAGAUGGGCUUUGCAUGCAGAGUUCUUUGUAUCAGCUGUCUACCGAGCCUAAAGCCAGGAAUGAUUUUGGAGUGUCAUCUGCUCCCAGCACGGACGACGUGGCCCUUUAUGUGGGCAUCGUAAUCGCCGUCAUCAUGUGCCUGGUCAUCUCUGUCAUCGUGGCCCUCUUUGUCUACCGCAAGACCCACCGCGACUUCGAGUCUGACAUCAUAGACUCCUCGGCCCUCAACGGCGGCUUUCAGUCGGUCAACAUCAAGACGGCGCGCUCCGCUGACCUGCUGACCGCGCCGCCGGACCUGACCAAUGCUGCGGCCAUGUACCGCGGCCCCGUCUACGCCCUGCACGACGUCUCCGACAAGAUCCCCAUGACAAACUCGCCGCUGCUCGACCCGCUGCCCAACCUGAAGAUCAAGGUGUACAACUCAUCCACGCUGGUCACGCCGCAGGACGAGCUCGCCGACUACGCCUCCAAGCUCUCGCCCAAGGUCACGCACUCGCUGCUGGACAACAGCGAGAUGGCGGUCAGCCUUCGCACCCAGACUCUGGCCCGCACCCGCGACCCCUCCUGCACGGCCGUCGGCUCCUUCAACUCCCUCGGGGGCCACCUGAUCGUGCCCAACUCAGGUGUGAGCUUGUUGGUGCCAGCGGGAGCUGUUCCCCAGGGUCGUGUCUACGAGAUGUAUGUCACCGUGCAGAGGAAGGAGAGCAUGAGGCCCCCUGUGGAGGAUGUGCAGACGGUCCUGAGCCCCGUGGUGAGCUGCGGGCCCCUGGGGGCCCUGCUGACGCGGCCCGUCAUCCUCACCAUGCACCACUGCGCCGCGGCCAACAGCGAGGACUGGCAGAUCCAGCUCAACAGCCAGAUGCAGCAGGGCCAGUGGGAGGAGGUGGUGGUGGUGGGGGAGGAGAACUUCACCACUCCCUGCUACAUCCAGAUGGACGAGGAGUCCUGCCACAUCCUCACCGAGACCCUGGGCACCUACUGCCUGGUGGGCCAGUCCAUCAGCAAGGCCACCGCCAAGAGGCUGAAGCUGGCCAUCUUCGGGCCCGUCACCUCCACCGCGCUGGAGUACCACAUCCGAGUGUACUGCCUGGACGACACGCAAGACGCCUUCAAGGAGGUUCUGCAGAUGGAGAAGCAGAUCGGCGGGAAGCUGCUGGACGAACCAAAGACGCUGAACUUUAAGGACAGCACCCACAACCUCCGCCUCUCUGUUCACGACAUCCCCCACGGAGAAUGGAAGAGCAAGCUGCUGGCCAAGUACCAGGAGAUCCCCUUCUACCAAGUGUGGAGCGGCUGCCAGCGGACCCUGCAUUGCACCUUCACCCUGGAGCGCUUCAGCGCCGCCACCACCGAGCUCGACUGUAAGCUCUGUGUCCGGCAGGUGGAGGGCGAGGGCCAGAUCUUUCAGCUCAACACCACCCUGUCCGAGGACUCCCAGAGCAUUGACACCUCGCUGAUGGAUCCGGCCAGCAGCAUCACCACGCUAGUGGGGCCCAACGCCUUCCGCAUCCCCCUCUCCAUCCGCCAGAAGCUCUGCGGCAGCCUGGACGCGCCACAGACCCGCGGCAACGACUGGAGGAUGCUGGCGUACAAACUCAACUUGGACAGGUACCUGAACUACUUUGCCACCAAGUCGAGCCCGACCGGCGUGAUCCUGGACCUGUGGGAGGCGCAGCACUUCCCCGACGGGAACCUCAACCAGCUGGCCGCCGUCUUGGAGGAAAUGGGUCGCCAUGAGAACCUAGUCCCCAUGGCGACGGAGCAGUGAUAAUGACCUCGGAGCGGAAAGAGAAGGGCCAGCGCGGUGAGCUUGAGCCAUACGGCUCUCCUCCCACACACAGAGAGCGAUAGGCGAGGAGGAGGAGGAGGAAGGGGGGUGGAGUGUAGCUCCUCUAGCAAACAAACAAGAACAUUCACCAGACCACGCAGGUCACAUAGACUGUGAUGACAAACAAGGAGGGAAGGAACAAAAAAAUAUCUUAUCUUAUCUUGAUGAUGUUAUGAAUUGUGCUGUGAUUAUCUUUUACUGACAAAACAAAGUGGACAUAUAUGAAACAAGAGUAUUGGUUAAAAAUAAAAUAAAAAAAUCAUAGCUCUUUCUAUAGGUAUUUCUAUAGCCUUUUUGCUGUAUGUGCGCCUUCACGUACAGAUUGUUUAAUACAGUUUCCAUGGAAACGAUUUAUGCUGCUGUCCAAAUAUGUGGAUGAUUCCCCCCACCUACACCCCCCCCCCCCCUCCCCACCCCACCCAAGAGAGACCUGGAAAAAGCAGGCUACUAACUAACUAACUAACUAUUUAGGUGGGGAGGACGGGGAGGAGAGAGGAAGCCAGGGGCCAUGUUUGGGACCUCCUGGGGGGUCCAGGUUUUGUGUCAGAGAACCAAAUAUGAUAUCACCCAUCCUCCCCCACACUAACCAUUGUCUGCCCUGUCCCUCACCCAGUCACGUAAGGAUAUGCAUAUGUACCACUCCCACUCCUGUUUCUUUUACUUUCAACUCCAGGAGCAUUCUUCUUCUUAUAAUUAUUAUUAUUAUUAUUAUUAUUAUUAUUAUGCAUAACUAAUGUUAAUUUUUUUAAAUAACAUAUUUUUUUGUAUCACGUUAUCUAACUUGUACUUCAUUGCUCUCCUGUUUUAUCUAAUUAAAACUGAGUUUUUUGGUUCACUGCUGCCACCUGGUGGAAUAAAAGGAAACCUACAUAGUCAUAUAUAAUUGUGUAAUUUUGAAAAUGUAAAUACAGAAUAUGUAUACCAAGUACAUUGAAGUGGCCUUUUCCAGUUGUUUCCUAUGACUACGUUUCUGUCAUUAUUACAGUGAGCUAUAGUUGUGUAUUUGGGAAUUUUUGUUGGUUUGAAUUCGUUUCUCCUGGUUUUACAACAACAGUGCAUUGGAGCACUUGCCGCUUAACAGACUAUUAUUGACAACAAUCGUGUGUGUGUCAGCUUUUUCCUAAUACUGUUGUCUACAUGAGAAGUCAGAUCAUUUGCAAAAUGAAUCUUUCACUGCUCAGCAUUCAUUAUUAUCCAGCUUGAAAAAAUUAUUAACCAUUUAAUGCUCAAGUUUUACGAACACUAGAGUAUCAGUGUUUAGACAUGAAAAAAAAUCAAGACACAAAUGAAAUGACACAUUCUCACAUUCCUUGUGGCAGUAUUCCCUCUGUAUGGAAUAUAGGAUUUCAAAAUGGUGUGUUGAUUUGUGUUUUCUUUAUGUGUUGCCUUUGUGGCUGGCAAUUUUGUGAUGUUUCUAUUUGUGUUUCUCUAUGACAACAAAUAGAUCAAAUAUUUGAGUCAAAGGCUUUCUAGAUAAUUUAAUGAAAUCACAUUUGAACAGAUAUUGUGAGACUUUUUAAAUGAUUACCCAAGCCAUCUUUUCAUAAAAAAAAAAAAACUCCAACCUCAGGCUCAACAAGGCUCAAGGAACACACAGCAAGAUGAAUGAGAGAGCAUGGAUCGAACGUAGGAUACCAGAGUAUGUCAUCAGUAUUGAGAACAAACACUCAAGAAACUUUCUUACAACGUUAAAUGACAACCAUGUUAGACCUAUUUGUAUUUUCAGUUUUGGGUGGUUCGUUGUUAAGUCAUCUACAUGUUUGUAAAAGCUGUGUCUACUAUGCAAAGUUGGCUUUCUUUAUACAACAAUGACUAGAGCAGUGCUAGUAAGUGCAUUUUAUUUUGUUAAACUGAUUUAUACUCGUACAGUUUGUAUAGUGAGGGUGUGGUCCACUCUGGUUUGGCACGUUUCAUGAAUGACCCUUGAAAAUGCUCGCAUCCCCCCCCCCCCCCCCCCCCCCACCCCACCCUGUCAAGUUUAUUUACUGUACAAAGUGUAAGAAAGAAUUUUUAAAACAAUUAAUAAAUUAUAUUUAUAAGCAACGCUGAAAA